UCCUCUCAGGAAGAAACCUGCAGCAAACUUCCUGCAGCUCUUGGACGCUCUUCCUGCCCCUGCAAACUAAACAGCAAAGAAACUACAAGCAUGACGACUCUCCUUCGCAGACUAUCGGGGUCGAUGUGCUCACUGUUGGGGUGCAGGGCUGUAACGCACAACCGCACUUCCUAUCUGAUCCCCCGGGACGGAGCGUGGCUGCUGCCCGCCUGCAGCGGCUCUCUGACGGGAUACAGUCGCGCACAGAGCCGCUGGCAGCACACAGAGACUGGAGAUCCUGUAGAGGUGGAUUUGAAGCGGUUAGAGGGCAAAGACGACGGCAUAGUGGAGGUGUUGAUGUGCCGACACAAAGCAAGAAACGCUCUCGGACAUGUUUUUGUGUCACGGAUGAGGGAGCUGGUGUCCACUCUGUCCAAUGACUCAGCGGUUCGUGUGGUUGUCUUCAGGAGUUUGGUGCCAGGAGUUUUCUGUGCCGGUGCUGAUUUAAAAGAGAGAGCUCUGAUGAAUAACUCAGAGUCUGACCUGUUUGUUCAUGGCCUGCGGUCCCUCAUGACUCAAAUAGCUUCGUUGCCCACGCCGACCAUCGCAGCGAUGGACGGCGCCGCCCUGGGAGGAGGACUGGAGCUAGCGUUGGCCUGUGACCUUCGCACUGCUGCACGUUCGGCACAGAUGGGUCUUAUUGAGACGACACGGGGGCUGCUCCCAGGGGCGGGGGGCAGUCAGCGCCUGCCGAGGAUGGUCGGCCUCGCUCUGGCCAAAGAGCUCAUCUUCACAGGUAAACGUGUGGGAGGGCAGACGGCGCUGGAGAUAGGGCUUGUGAACAGAGCUGUGGACCAGAACCAGACAGGAGAUGCUGCCUACAGAGAAGCACUCAGCCUGGCCAGAGAGAUACUGCCCCAGGCUCCUAUUGCAGUGCGGAUGGCAAAAGAGGCGAUGAAUAAAGGCGUCGAGGUUGACAUUAGCUCAGCAAUGGCAAUAGAGAGGAUGUGUUAUGCUCGGGUCAUCCCCACACGGGACCGGCAGGAGGGGAUGGCAGCCUUCAUAGAGAAGAGAGCUCCACAGUACACUGGGGAAUAAACUCUAUUGAGCUGCUGGAUCGGUCACUCUAAUGUGCCAGGACAGAUGCAUGCUGCUGCUCUGUAACCUCGCGCCAAAUAAACAAUUAACACCUAUUGAUUGUCUGUGCGCCUCCCAGCCAGCGUCGGUAAGUUAGUUAAGGCCAGUGUGAGCGCUCAGUGGAUCAGUGUUUGUGAUGAUCUCCAGGACAAGAGCUGAUUUUUGUUUGAUGCAACAGUGAAAAUGACAAAGAUUUUUAAAGUGAACUGUUUGUGCUUCUUUUGUUUUAUGUGAUCAAAUUGUCAUAUUUGGAAUAAAAAGGCAACACAAGCACCA